GUCGCUUCAAGCUUGAGAGGGAGGACAAAAACAAAAAGAGAAAUGCACCGCGCUCGGCUCGCCACCCAGCCACCCAUCCCCUUUGGUUAUCCAUUCGUUCAUGACCUGGUCUUGCCCUUGCCCUUGCCCUUGCCCGCCCCCUUGCCCUUGCCGCGGCCCUUCCUCUUGUCGCCAUACUCCUCAUCGCUGUCGCUCCGCUCGCUGUCGCUCUCGUUGCCCGACUUCGACCCGCUCGACGACCCGCUGCUGCUCGAGCUGUCCGAGUCACUGCUGCUGGAGCUCUCGCUCGACUCGUCGUCAUCACCGCGGCCGCGCCUGCUUCCACUCAUCUUCUUGUUGUGCGAAUCCAACACACUCUGAAUAUAUAAUGAAUGAGCCACACAUGGGGAGGGAGAGGGAGAGGGAGAGGGAGAGGGAGAGGGGAGAGAGGGUGAAUGUGGGGGGGAGGUGGGAGGGAGAGGGGAGACUUGACUUACCUCAGUGAGUCGAAGUCGUUUUCCGUUUUUGUCUUUUCUGCCUCGGGCGGGCCUCUUGCCGCGACGGGGCGGCGGGGCGUUGGCGGCGUCCUGACGCACCUGAGGCAAGCAGGGCAAAGGCAGGGCAAGACACAUACAUACGUGCCGUGCGUUGUAAGGUAAGAGAGUAGGUGUCUGUCUGUGAGUGUUUGCGCCUGUCUUACAGGCUUGGGCGAUGGCUCGGGUUUUGUGGUCUUGUCCCAUGCAUCCAUCACACGCUUGAAGAACAACCUGGCGGGGUGGGGGACGGUACCAGGUGGGUGGAUUGUCGAACGAACAUGGGGGUGCGGGUGGCUUAUGCAUGUUAUGUGCCCGCCCUUUCAUCUCGUUUUUCCUCUCUGACUCACUCUCACUCACUGACCUCUGCCGCUGUGCAGGUGCGGUUUCUAUCUGGAGGCUGACUUCGACGUCGUCCGUCCCAACCUCCUGCUUGGUGCAGAUCUCUUGGAAAUCAUUCAACAACUGCAGCCAGCCAAGCCAGCGUAUGACAUGACAUGCGCCCACCCCCACAGCAACGAGAUGGGCCCGGCUCGAACCGCAUGGCAUGGCCUCUGUGUGCCUUUGUGUGAGUGUGUUGUGGUCAGUCACUGUGGCCGAGCCGACCUCUUGGCGUCCCUCGGUGGAUAGCGAGUCCAUGAUGUUUUUGCAGGCAGCGAUCUCGGCCUCGGACAGCUUGACCUCGCCCUGCGAUGUGGUGCGGUAACUGAUGACCGACCGGCUGCCACCGUGCUGACAAACGGAUGGAGGGUGGGAGGGUGGAAGGGAGGGAGGGAUGCAUUCAUCAAUGACACAGAGAUGCACUCACUGGGGUGAUCAUGUGUAUUGUAUGUGUGGGGUGUGUGUUACCCACCCACCUGGAGUCCCGAAGCUCUCUCAUGGGCCACUGAGGGAGGCAUGGGCAGCGCACACAUAAAACAACACGUACAGCUACCGUACCGGUUGCAUGCCAUGCAUCUGUCUGUCUGUCUGUCUAUGUGUCAGUCAGAUGGAGAGAGACAGCCCAUGAUGUGUGUUUUGUAUGUAUUAUGUGUGUGUGUCAGGCUUACAUGCGCCCCUGAACUUGUCGUCGAAGCGCUUCAGAAACUCCCGGUGCAGAUCCUGUGGUGACACACGCCCACGGCCGUGCACACACAUACAUAUACGCACAUCACAUUAAUUAACGUACACACAACCACUUGUCCGUCCGUCCGUCCCUGCCAUGCCCCCCCGGCAUACAUACAUGUGCGUUGAUCCAGAGCUGGUUGUCCAGCGGCACGAAGCGGUGCACACAGUUGAGGGCCUCCAAGAAGUCCCACGCAAACUCGCGAGGCUCGCCGUAGUCGCCACGCUCCAAACGGCUGUGUCACACACACACACACACAGACACACAGAGAGUAGAAGAGGGACGUGUGCACUUUGUUACGUUGCUGGUGUGUCCAUCCAUAUAUACAUUUUGACAGUGUUGAGGUCGAGUGGGUCAUCGGCGGCCUUGCGGAAGUCAUCGAGCCGCCCGCCGAUCAGCUGGCACAGGUACUGGGCCGACGCGAAGGCCUCGAAGUCCCGGUGCCGCACAAAGUCCCGCCACAGAUCCUUGCACUUGACCGUGUCGCCGCCAUUCAUCGGCGGACCCUGAUCGGAUCCACACACGUACAUUCACACACACCACACACACACACGGGCACUUGACUUGUCCAGAUGGAUGGGAUGGCUUCUCUGCGUCUGUGUGUCUGGUCGUUGCUGACCGUACGUACCGUCCUCUGCGGCCGUUCUUUGUCUCCGAUAGCGGGCCACUCGGUGGGGUCGCCCAAGGCCACGAGCGGCGGGGCGGCCGCCAUGGCCAUACCACCCGGGUCGGCAGCCGCUGCGGCAGCAGCACCCACCUGCCCGUUGACCAGAUGCGAUGGCGGCUGGCGCGCAUACGGCCAGGGGUACCCUAGCGCACCGCCGCCGGGAGACGCCACACUCCCCGCCGGCCCGAUCUCGCUGUGAGUGACAGGUCAUCAACCCACCGUCACAUACACAGACACACACAGACACACACAGACACACACACACAGACACACACAGACACGUAGAAAGGGCAAGCAGAGGUGCGCAUCGUCUGGCUGGGGUGGCUGGGCUGGGCUGUGGGCUGGUUGCGCACCCACCUUUUCAACUCUACCAUUCCGGCCGGCAGGGCGGGGGCGGUGCCCUUCCUCUUGCGAUUGGCUCCCUUGGCAGCCUUGCGACCUCCAACCUGACAGAGAGAGACAGAGACAAACCAGAGCCAUCAAGCACCGCACCCAGCCGGCAUGAUGUGUGUGAAUGAAUGGUUACCCACCUUUGGCUCCUUCCACGCGUCAUCGUCCAUGUCCCUUUUGACGCCCCUCGACGUCACCCCCGGCAGAAUGAGCUGGUCGCCACCGAUACCGAUAUCGCCCCGCCGGCUCCUCCCCCCUCCCCUCCGGCUGCCCGACGCCGGCGACUCAUCCUCAUCCUCCGGGGCGUACUGCACUCGCGGGCGGCGCCUCUUGCCCAUCAUGCUGCCCCCAUCAUCCACACUCCCCGCUCCCAGUGACGGCGAGAAGGCCGACUGGCUUCCCUGCACGGCCUGGCCCUUGCCCAUGCCCAGACCGCCGAGGAGAGGCGACAUGGUGGCUCCCGUCCGCUGGCGGCCGGGCGGCCUCAGCUGGACUUCCUGGAAGACGAAGGGGGAUCCCAUCCUCUUCAGCUGCGCUGUGAGGGCGUCGUACUCGCUCUUGGAGAGCUGGAGGGUGCCCCGCUGGCAGUGGAGGCCGUGGACGGCCGUGAGGGCGAAGGGACGGUCGGCCUUGGCUGCUGGGGAGGGGGACCGCUCGCCGACAGACUCGGAGAACAGAGGAGGGGUGGGGACGGACGCCAGAGGCAUCGGAUGAUGUGGGGGGUGGCCACCCACUGCAGGCACACAUCCACACACAGGGACAGAUGCAUCAUCUGUGCGGCGUGAAUCAUGCCUGUCUCGUAUGUGCCAUCUCCCGCUGCCCUUGUCUUCUCCCAGCGCACCGUCAUCAGCUGCAGCCGAUGAGUGUGGUGCAGGGGGUUCAUCGGACACCUGGACACACUCCUGCUUCGGCGGAAGGCCGACGACCUCCAUAGGGACGUCAGCCAUGCUCACGAUACGUCUUGAUUCACAGGUACAGCAGCGGAGCUGGCAUUCGCGCCGAAAACGAGGGGAGUCAACGGUUGACGAUGGGUUGGCUACCUAGAUGAACGUGGGCCAGUGACUGCCUGGGCUGACACGCUGUUGACGUCGGAAACGCCUAGAGGAAAGUCCCUCAAAGACA